UAUCUUCCCUUAUAUAUACACAUAUUUUGCUACCUAGCUAGAGGCACACUCAAUAAUAUUAUUGGAUUUCAUUUCUUAAACCUUCACCAAAAGAUACAACAAUAUCAUCUUCACCAAUAGCAACAUGACGAUCAUAGAGAUGAGAGUACACAUGGAUUGCCCUGGAUGUGAAAACAAAGUGAAAGAAGCACUACAAAAACUUAAAGGGGUUGAUGGCAUUGAAAUAGAUAUGAAACUGCAAAAGGUGACUGUGAAUGGCUAUGCUGAGCAGAAGAAGGUUCUGAAAACUGUUCGAAAAACUGGUUGCAGGGCUGAGUUAUGGCAACUUCCAUACACAACAGAGUCUCAAAACCAAUAUUUUCAGCAGCACCAUUGCAAUGGCCCUCUCACCUAUUAUGCUUCUCAACCAUCCUCAUCUUAUAACUAUUACAAACAUGGCUAUGAUAGCAGUGAUCCAAGCUAUUACAACUAUCCCUCACAAUCUUCCAUCUUUGGCCACCAAACUGGUGCUACUUUUAGUGAUGAAAAUCCUCACGCUUGUGUCAUUAUGUGAACAUACCAUGUUCAUGCUCUUACAAAUCAACAACAUUAUAUUAUAUACCUUUAAAUUAUGAAAUGUAUGUAUGAAGCAUUAAUUAAAGUGUUUAUGAAAAAGGGUUCUUUCUGGUUUUGACUAUUAA